CACCAGCAGCAGCUGUGCUGUCACUAAUGGCAUCACCUUUAGAAGAGAAGAUACGAGGAAACAAGAAGAGCAACUAUGCCUCGAGCUCUGAGGAUGAAGGAGAGGAGAAAGUACCUGGCUAUGUACCACAACCAAUGAUGGACGGAAUGCCACAAACUGGGCCUAAAGGUGUCCUCAAUGAUUACCGGAGGUUCAAGUACGAGGAGAGGCUGGCCAGAGCCCAGGAGGAGAAGAAGAAGGUUGAAUUGAUCAAUAAAAUGGCUUUCACCGUCAAACCAAAGAGUGAAGAGGAUGAGACAGACGGGGGUAAGUCCUCUUCCAAGGAUCUAUUGGAUACUCUAGAGCAGCUGGAAAUUGAUGGAGGGGAUCCGUUUAUGCAACAAUACAGGGCACAGAGGAUUCAGCAAAUGAAGGAGCAGGCUAAAACUCACGGAAAGAAAAGGAGAAUGUUUGGUAAUCUUACUGAACUACGUGGUGAUAAAUAUGCAGUUGCUAUAGAUUCAGCUCCUCCUGAUGUCUUUGUUAUCAUUCAUAUUUAUGAUGAAUUCUUUAUCACAUGUGUCAAGUUGAACAGAUGUCUUGCUGAUCUUGCCAAGAAGUAUCCCACAGUAAAGUUUUGUCGAAUCCAAUCUCACCAAUUGGAAUUAAGCAAAGAAUUUCAAGAGAAAGGUCUUCCUGCCAUAUUGGUCUACAAAAGUGGUAACAUGAUUGGUAAUCUUUUAAGAGUCACAGACACUCUUGGGGAAUCUUUUAAAAUGAAUGACAUUGAGGACUUCCUUCACGAUAACAAUUGCCUCCCCAGUAAUGAUGAGGCUAGGAUACUGGGAGCUUACAAUCUUUCCCCGCGCCCUUCUGUCUCAGAUAAACCCUCAGAUACUGAUGAUGAUGAGUUAUAAGCCUCUUCAAUAUAACAACUGAAAAACACUCUCUGUAUUAUAAAUAAUGAUUAUAAUACUAUCUUAUUAAUAUUGUUAUUGUUAUUAUUAUUAUUAUUAUUAUGUACGUACAUGUACUUGUCUUUUUAAAGUACACUUUAUGUGUCGUUAUUCUAAAUGUUUUAUUGUAAUUAAGGAUUAUUGUUAUUACUUUUAUGUGGUUUUUAUAGCAUAAAUCAGUUCUACUAUUUUUGAUAUUUUCUGAUCUAUUUUAGGUGAAAUUCUCACCUAUUUUGUAUUUGAA